AUGUCCAGCCUCGAACAGUGGGUAUGCGAAUCCCAAGCCUGCAUGCAGUUGAUUCAACUCAAUCUGAAUCACUGCAGGGCUGCGCAGGAUCUCCUGUCGCAGACGGUGCGGGAGCUGAACUCGAAGGUGGCAGUCCUGAGUGAACCCUACAGGGUCGGUACCAGCCGCGUCUGGGCCACUGACCGCUCUGGCAAGGCGGCCUUGUGGCUCUGCGGAGCGGAUGCUCCGGAGAUGUGCGACACCAAAGCAGCGGAAGGCUUUGUCCGGGCGAACGUCGGCGGCACUUGGCUGUACAGCUGCUAUCUGGCACCCAGUCCCUCAUUGGAGGCGUUCGGCAGGAUUCAGGACGAGCUGAGCAGCGAUCUGCGUGGGCGGAGCAACGUCGUGGUUGGUGGCGACAUCAACGCCUGGGCCAUGGAAUGGGGAUCCUCCCGGACCAACGCCAGAGGCCGAGCGGUACUGGAGACCUUCGCCUCCCUGGACGUAGUCCUUCUGAACGAAGGCUCCCGGCAGACCUUCAGCAGGGCUGGGGUGGGCUCGGUAAUCGACCUCACCUAUGUCAGCAGUGCGCUGGCCAGCCGCGCCCGAUGGAAGAUCAGCGAGGCCUAUACCGCCAGCGACCACGAGGCUAUCGAGUGCUCGAUAGGCGCCGCGCAUCGCACGAGUGGGUCCCUACUCCCGGAUAGGAAGGCGUUCCGGCAAGACACCUUCAGGCCGCGGGAUUUCGCAAAUGCCCUCGAGGGCUUCACGGCAGGCGAAGCAGAAGGAGCCAACGAGACGGCCGACAAGCUAGCAUGGGCCGUGGACGGCGCUUGCAGCCAAAGCAUGCUACUAAGAAGGCCGUUCAGAAAGCACCACUCCCCGGUGUUUUGGUGGAGCGAGGAGAUCGCGGACCUGCGCCGUAAAUGCCACCGCAGCAGAAGAUUGUUGCAGCGAGCUAGAGGCACCCCGCGCCUUCUUACGUGUAACGACCGCUACAAGGCAGCAAGAAAGGAGCUCAAGACUGCCAUUAAGAACAGCAAACGAGAAUGCUUCCUCAAGCUGUGCGACGCCGCCGAGGAGGAUCCAUGGGGAGGAGCCUACAGAAUGGUAGUAAAGAGGCUUAAUGCGGGUGGCUGUGCCCCAACCGACCCGGCGACGCUGGAGAGGAUAGUUGGCCCCCUGUUCCCGAGCGGUCGGCAGGUCUUGAUCUGCCCCAGCACCGAGUUGGGCGACAACCGUUGGGUCACGGAAGCUGAGGUUCUCCUUGCCGGUAGAAGCCUGAAGCCCAAGAAGGCUCCGGGGCCAGACGCGAUUCCGAGUAGAGCAACCAAGCUGACUCUAUCGCUGCUGACGUCCGAAGUUGUCGGCCUGUUCAACAAGUGCCUUCUGGAGGCCAUCGAAGCCGCUGGUGGACUCUCCCCGGAGCAAUAUGGCUUCACGAAGGGGAAGUCUACGCUGGACGCCAUUGCAAAGGUAGUCAAAUUGGCGCAGGAUGCCAUUGCCGGAACCAGGUGGAAAGGAGGAAGCAAGUCCUACUGCCUGGUGGUCACCCUGGACAUCAGGAAUGCCUUUAACCCUGCAGACUGGAGCCGUACGCUAGAGUCCCUAAGGAACUUUAACAUUCCUGGGUACUUGCUGAACGUAGCUCACAGCUACUUCAGCCACAGGGUACUCAUGAUGGACACGAGCAUGGGUCCCAAAGAGCACAACGUCUAA